CAGUAAACUUAGCACACUUGCUGAUACAAAUCGGAUCUUGCAAACGUGCCGUAGUCGUUCGGUUGUGUGCAGCGUGGAAGCUUGUCGGGCCCGCCCCGACGCGUCCAGAACGCGCCUGUGCGCUUCAUGUCCAAACGCGCCGCUGAAGGCUCUUCUGAUACCCCGUCAGCCAAAAAGCCCACCAUGAGCAAGAGCGGCGCGCCUGACGGGGGACCCGGCCAAGUCGAGAUCGAUGAGAAUCUUCACUCUCGCCAGCUUGCGGUCUAUGGCCGUGAGGCCAUGAAGCGUAUGGCAACGUCAUCGGUCCUGAUUAGCGGCCUGAACGGACUUGGCGUUGAAGUCGCUAAAAACGUGAUCUUGGCUGGCGUGCGGAGCGUGACGAUCCAUGACACCGCCUCCGUGACGCUUCAGGACCUGUCUGCGCAGUUCUACCUCACCGAGCAGGAUGUGGGUCGCAACCGCGCCGAGGCCUGCCGCGAGAAGCUGCAGGAGCUGAACACGGGGGUGGCGGUGCAUGCGGCCUCCGGGCAGCUGGCGGACGACUUCGUGAAGCAGUUCCAGGUUGUCGUCUCCACCACCGCCCCCCUGGCGGAGUCCAAGCGGCUGGACGGGCUGUGCCACUCCGCCGGCACCGCCUUCAUCUGGGCGCAGACGCGCGGCGUGUUCGCACGCGUGUUCACGGACUUUGGACCCGCGUUCACGGUGUACGAUGUGAAUGGCGAGGAGCCCCACUCGGGUAUCGUCGCCUCGGUGAGCAGCGGCUGCCCCGCCAUGGUGACGUGCGUGGAGGACGAGCGGCUGGAGUUCCAGGACGGCGAGCUGGUGCAGUUCAGCGAGGUGGUGGGCAUGGAGAAGCUGAACAGCCACGGACCCUUCAAGGUCAAGAACUGCAAGGCCCACUCCUUCGAGCUUGACGCCGACACCAGCGGGUGGGGCGAGUACGUGCGGGGGGGCAUCGUGGUGCAGGUGAAGGAGCCCAAGACCCUGGCGUUCAGGAAGCUGGAGCAGGCCCUGUCCGAUCCGGGUGAGUUCCUGCUCACCGACUUCUCCAAGCUCGACCGCCCCGCGCAGCUGCACACCGCCUUCGCGGCGCUGGACGCGUUCGAGGCGGCAGCGGGGCGCCCGCCCCGCCCCGCGCAGCCGGAGGACGCGGCGGAGCUGCUGCGGCUGGCUGAGGGGGUGGCGGCGGGGGCGGCGGAGGGCGCGGCGCACAAGGUGGAGGCGGUGGACGGGGGUGUGGUGCGGCAGUUGGCGCACUGUGCGGGGGCGGAGAUCAACCCCAUGGCGGCCAUGUUUGGCGGUGUGGUGGGUCAGGAGGUGGUGAAGGCGGUGAGCGGCAAGUUCCACCCCGUGUUCCAGUGGCUCUACUUCGACUCGCUGGAGUCGCUGCCGGACCCGGAACAGCUGGCCAAGGAGGGAGGGGGCGGGGCGGAGGAGUUCCAGCCGCUGGGGUCGAGGUACGACCCCCACAUAGCGGUGUUUGGACGCACGAUGCAGCGGCGGCUGGCGGGGCUCAACCUGUUCCUGGUUGGUGCGGGUGCGCUGGGCUGCGAGUUCCUCAAGAACUUCGCGUGCAUGGGGGUGGGCUGCGCGCUGCCGGGGGGAGGGGCAGCGGGCAGGGUGACGGUGACGGAUGACGACGUGAUCGAGAAGAGCAACCUGAGCCGGCAGUUCCUGUUCAGGGACUGGGACAUCGGGAGCUCCAAGUCCACGGUGGCGGCUGCCGCCGCCCAGCGCCUCAACCCUGCCUUCUCCGUCACCCCGCUGCAGAACCGCGUGUCACCGGAAACGGAAAACGUGUUCAAUGACGUGUUCUGGCAGGGUCUAGACCUGGUCGUUAACGCGCUUGACAAUGUGAACGCGCGGCUGUACGUGGACAGCCGCUGCGUGUACUUCUGCAAGCCGCUGCUGGAGAGCGGCACGCUGGGACCCAAGUGCAACACGCAGAUGGUCAUCCCCCGCCUCACCGAGAACUACGGCGCCUCCCGCGACCCGCCCGAGAAGCAGGCGCCCAUGUGCACCGUCCACUCCUUCCCGCACAACAUAGACCACUGCCUCACAUGGGCGCGGUCGGAGUUUGAGGGGCUGCUCGAGAAGGCCCCCCGCGAGGCCGCCGCCUACCUGGCCGCCCCCGCCGACUACGCCCGCUCCCUGCGCGCCAACCCAGAUGCCUCCGCGCGUCAGCAGCUGGAGGCGGUGGCGGAGGUGCUGCUGGAGGGGCGGGCGGGCAGCUUCGAGCAGUGCAUCAGCUGGGCCAGGACGAGGUUCCAGGACUACUUCCACAACCGCAUCGCGCAGCUGACCUACACCUUCCCCGAGGACGCCACCACCUCCACCGGGGCGCCCUUCUGGUCGGCGCCAAAGCGCUUCCCGCGACCGCUCAACUUCGACCCGGCAGACAAGUCGCAUGCGUCCUUCGUGCAGGCUGCCGCCAUCCUGCGUGCCGAGGUGUACGGCAUCCCCCGCCCCGACUGGGCCGCCGACCCCGCCCGCGUGGCGGCGGUGGCGGCGGGGGUGGACGUGCCGGCGUUCGUACCGCGCGCGGGUGUGCAGAUCGAGACGGACCCCAAGGCCGACCGCAGCAAGCCCUCGCAGGCGGAGAGGACCCACGACGACGAGGCUGUGAUCGAGUCACUGCUGGGUCGGUUGGAGGGCGCAGUGGGGCAGCUGGGGGCGGGGCUGCAGAUCAGCCCCAUCCAGUUCGAGAAGGACGACGACACCAACUUCCACAUGGACCUCAUCGCCGGCCUGGCCAACAUGCGCGCACGCAACUACUCCAUUCCCGAGGUGGACAAGCUCAAGGCCAAGCUGAUCGCGGGGCGCAUCAUCCCCGCCAUCGCCACCGCCACCGCGGUGGCUACGGGCAUGGUGUGUCUGGAGCUGUACAAGGCGGUGCUGCCCGGCAAGCCGCUGGAGGCCUUCCGCAACACCUUCGCCAACCUGGCGCUGCCGCUGUUCGCCAUGGCGGAACCCAUCCCGCCAAAGGUCAUCAAGUACAACGGGUUGGAGUGGAGCCUGUGGGACCGCUGGACGCUGGAGGGCGACCUCACCGUGCAGCAGGUGCUGGACUGGUUCGGGGCCAAGGGGCUGACCGCCUACUCCAUCAGCUGCGGCCCCGCGCUGCUCUACAACAACAUCUUCCCCAAGCACGCGGAGCGGCUGGGCAAGAAGAUGAGCGAGCUGGUGGUCAGCGUGGCCAAGAUGGAACUGCCCACCGCCCGCGACCACUUCGAUGUGGUGGUGGCGUGUGAGGACGAGGAGGGGGAGGACCUGGACGUGCCGCUGGUGAGCAUCAAGUUCAGGUAGAGGUGAAGGGGGAGGUGGAGGAGAGGAGGAGGUGGAGGUGGGCUGGUAGGAGUAUAUAGGGGAGGAUUAUGAGGAGGAGGAGGAGGAAGAGGGGGUUCAGAGGAGCUAGUGUGGAGAUGGGAGGGGGAGGCUUGAGGAGAGGGGUACAUGCAGCAGGGGCUGGUGUGGUCACAGGCGCCUGCGGUAUGUGCUGUAGGGCUCGCAGCAGUGCUGCUACUGCACAGCAGUUGGGGCAGGAUGUCGCACGGAGCUGUUCUUGUUGCGCACCGGGGGUUGACUGGACUCGGUUCUAGCAGACGGGGGCAUAGUAGGGCUUUGGCGGCGUAUGUAGAGGAGUUGUUGGGUUGACGGAGUGCAGGGGCUUCUGAAGGAGCGCAUUCGUUAUAGUGGGUGGCACGCGGGUGCAAUUGCAUCCGCUUUUGGUAGCGCUGACAGGAGAGCGCGCGCGGGUGCUGGUAGUACUGUUAGUAUGGCUGCGUUGUCCCGGAAGCAUCUCCCAAGAGGUUUGGCUUUGCAUGGCCCACUGUAAAUAUGCGCAAAGUGUUGCAGUAGCCGUAAAUGCCGCUUGCCGACCGUUAACGCCGGUUAGUUGCAUGCAGCACUACAAAGGUCCACGUGAAUAGAAGAUCAGUCAUCGUAGGUGUUAUCCACGCCGUUCCAGUGACAUUUGUAAGCGAAGACCAACGCUUGCAAGUCAAGUGCAGUUCCUUCCCGCCCAGCCUAACCCUAACUGCUAUCGCUGCACCGAUCAUUUGCAACAUUUCUUCGAUUUCUUAGACAGGGAAUCUGAUCGAAGCGCGCUCAGUUAGAUAUAGUAACGGACCAUCUUGCCAACCCCACGCUUGUGUCGCUUUUCUACGUUACAGUUGAGCCUCGAGGCCGAUCAUGUCUUUGAUAUCUGAAGCCGAUUUGAACACAUGCCUCAAGACCCUAGAAUCGUGCAGCAAUGGCGCCGCCGAUGGAGACCGCGCUGAGGAGUCGCGCAUGCUGGACGUGCUUAAACAGUUGCAAAAGCGAGCUGUGACAGCGGACCUUCUAAAGCGUACAAACGCGGGCAAGCGCCUCAACAAGUUCUGCAGACACAGCAGCGAUGCCAUCAGCGCCGCGGCCAAGCUGGCCGUAGAAGCCUGGAAGCAAUGCGUAAAGCAGGAACAACAACAAACAGACGGAGGCAACGGAGCCGAACCCUCAGAGCCAGAGGCGCCUUCACGAGGCGGCCCCGCGGGCACCAGCAGCAGCCAACCCGCGCCAUCAUCCCGCGCCCCCGCACCCUCCCCCAGCCCAGCCGCCUCCCGCCCGCCCCCAGCCUCCACCCCGGGCUCCUCCCUUCCCCGCCAGCCCUCCACCUCCUCCGUCCCCUUCUCCAUAAACCCUCCUCGCUGCGGCAACGACACGCGCGACAAGGUACGCACCAUGCUCGCGGAGGCCCUCGCCGUCGGCUACUCCGCCUCCUCCUCCUCCAGCAGCGGAGGCUCCGGCUCCGAAACCGCCCUCCAGUCUCCCAACCUGCUAGCAGCAGCCAUCGAGGAUGCGCUGUAUGAUUUGAUGGGCGGAGGCGGCGGCGCGGUGAGUGCGGAGUACAAGGCUAAGGCCCGGUCACUGUGCUUCAACCUGAAGGACGCCAAGAACCCCGACCUGCGGGAGCGGGUGCUCAGCGGCAGUGUGCCGCCUGAGACGCUGGUGCGACUGAGCGCGGAGGAGAUGGCGAGUGACGAGCAGAAGAAGAAGAACCGCGAGCUGAAGGAGUGGCUGGCGAAGGAGGCGGUGCGGGGGGGCACCAGCAACGCGGCGACUACCGACAUGUUCCAGUGUGGCCGCUGCAAACAGCGGAAAUGCACCUACUACCAACUGCAAACCCGGUCCGCUGAUGAGCCCAUGACAACGUUCGUCACGUGCACCAACUGCGGCCAGCGCUGGAAGUUCUGUUGACUGCCGCGGGCUCCGCGUCGGCCUGUGCUCAUGCGGAGGGCUUUGGGGGGCUGCCAUCCG